AGCCCCAUGCGGCACGGGCGGCCCUAGGCUGCGCGCCGGCCGCAGCAUGCCGCUCCUUGUGCGCUUGGCGUGGCUGCUGGGGCUCUGCAGCCUCUGCCGCGGGUACUUCGAGGGGCCACUGUACCCCGAGAUGUCCAACGGGAGCCUGCACCACUACUUCGUCCCUGAUGGGGACUACGAGGAGAACGACGAUCCCGAGCGGUGCCAGCUGCUGUUCCGGGUGAGCGAGCAGCGGCGGUGCGGCGCGGCGGCGGCGCCGGGCGGCGGGCUCACCCUGCGCGAGGAGCUGACGGUGCUGGGCCGGCAGGUGGAGGACGCGGGCCGGGUGCUGGAGGGCAUCGGCAGGAGCAUCUCCUACGACCUGGACGGGGAGGAGAGCUACGGCGCCUACCUGCGCCGCGAGUCCGCCCAGAUCAGCGACGCCUACUCCAGCUCGGACCGCUCGCUGAGCGAGCUGGAGGGCAAAUUCCGGCAGGGCCAGGAGCAGGGCGGCCGGGAGGAGUCCCGCCUGGGCGACAGCUUCCUGGGGCUGCUGCUGCACGCCCGCGCCCUGCUCCGCGAGACCCGCCACGUCUCCAGCGGGCUGCGCGACAAGUACGACCUGCUGGCGCUGACGGUGCGCAGCCACGGCGCCCGCCUCAGCCGCCUCAAGAACGACUAUCUCCGCGUCUGAGCCCGCUCAGCCGCCUCAAGAACGACUGUCUCCGCGUCUGAGCUCCCCUCAGCCGCCUCAAGAACGACUA